AGGGGGCGGGGGGUACAGCGCCGCGGCGGCCGCCGCCUCCGCCUCCGCCGCCCGGGACGAGGGGUGGGGGACGGGCGAGCCCUGAUGCCGGGGGAGACGGAAGAGCCGAGCCCCCCGGAGCAGCAGGACCAGGAAGGGGGAGAGGCGGCCAAGGCGGGUCCGGAGGAGCCCCAGCAACCGCCCUCGGCGGCGGCGGCGGCUCCCGCGGGGACGAUGUGUGGAAAAAAUAACAACUGAAAAAGAUCCCAAGGAAGAGAAAGAGGAGGAAGACGAUUCUGCCCUCCCUCAGGAAGUUUCCAUUGCUGCAACUAGGCCUGGCCGCGGCUGGCGCAGUAGCAGCAGGACGUCAGUCUCCCGUGUUCGAGACACAGAGAAUACCCGCAGCUCUCGGUCCAAGACUGGUUCAUUGCAGCUCAUCUGCAAGUCAGAACCGAUUACAGAUCAGCUUGAUUAUGAAGUUGCAGAAGAACAGCAAUCUCCCGGUGGCAUUAGUAGUGAUGAAGAGGAGGAGGAGGAAGAAGAGAUGUUAAUCAGUGAAGAGGAAAUACCCUUCAAAGAUGACCCCAGAGAUGAGACCUACAAACCGCACUUAGAAAGGGAAACUCCAAAGCCACGGAGAAAAUCGGGGAAGGUAAAGGAAGAAAAAGAAAAGAAAGAAAUUAAAGUGGAAGUAGAAGUAGAGGUGAAAGAAGAGGAGAAUGAAAUUAGAGAAGACGAAGAACCUCCUAGGAAGAGAGGACGAAGGCGAAAAGAUGACAAAAGUCCUCGUUUACCCAAAAGAAGGAAAAAACCUCCUAUCCAGUACGUCCGUUGUGAGAUGGAAGGGUGUGGAACUGUUCUUGCUCACCCUCGCUAUUUGCAGCACCACAUUAAAUACCAGCAUUUGCUGAAGAAGAAAUAUGUUUGUCCACAUCCUUCCUGUGGCCGACUUUUCCGGCUCCAGAAGCAGCUUCUACGGCAUGCCAAACACCAUACAGAUCAAAGGGAUUAUAUCUGUGAGUACUGCGCUCGGGCCUUCAAGAGUUCCCAUAACCUGGCAGUGCACCGGAUGAUUCACACUGGCGAGAAGCCGUUACAAUGUGAGAUCUGUGGAUUUACUUGUCGACAAAAGGCGUCCCUCAAUUGGCACAUGAAGAAGCAUGAUGCAGACUCCUUCUACCAGUUUUCUUGCAAUAUCUGUGGCAAAAAGUUCGAAAAGAAGGACAGUGUAGUGGCACACAAAGCAAAAAGCCACCCUGAGGUGCUGAUCGCAGAAGCUCUGGCCGCCAACGCAGGCGCCCUCAUCACCAGCACGGAUAUCCUGGGCACUAACCCCGAGUCCCUGGCGCAACCAGCGGAUGCUCAGGGUCUUCCCCUUCUUUCUGAGCCGCUGGGGAAUGCGGCCUCCGGAGAGUGCCUGCUGCUAGAGGCGGAGGGGAUGUCGAAGUCCUUCUGUGGCGGAGCGGAGCGGGUGAGCCUGAUGGCGGACGGCAAGCUCUUCGUGGGAAGUGGUGGCAGCAGCGGGGGCCCGGAAGGGUUGGUCAUGAACUCGGAUAUUCUCGGUGCUACCACAGAGGUUCUGAUCGAAGACUCAGACUCUACUGGACCUUAGCGGAAAGGAAGACUUUGGGCACUGGGACAGUUCGGACUUUGUAUUUAAAAGAUAAAAAGGACAAAAAAAAAAAAAUUUAAAGCAUUUAAAAUCUAGUAAAAUAACUGAAGGGCCUGCUCUUCCCAUUGUGGAUCACAGCACACUCACACCGUCCCCAGCCCCAGAACGCCCUCUCUCCCUGUUAUCAAAUUGAUGUUGCCUUUUCCAGAAAGGUAGACAGCAAAAAGCAGCAGCGUCUCUGAAAGUGGGGACUCUCCUCCUGCUCGGUUCCAGCCAGCAGCAGACGUCCUGCUCAUCAGCAGAUCCCCUUUCCAGCUUGUAACUCUGAUACGCUCGGGGUCAGCUCUUAACUCCUGUAGUAUGUUACUGACUUCCAGAUUCUUUCUCCUCCUGCUGCCCUAUGGUUCUGGCUUUUCCCCACUGCGGCACACUUACCCUCAAAUAUUACAGAAUUCUGAUCUCUGGAGGCUGGCAGCUUGACUUGGCACUUUAGGGCCCCUUAGCAGGCUGUGCUGUUAAAACAGCACGCAUCUCUCACCCCUCUUCCGGUCCUCUGGGUUUUGGAAAGGAAGGUUUCGUGUGGACCACCCUCCUCCUCUUUGGUCCCCGCACCUCGAUCCCCUCCCAGACCUCCACAUGGCUCUUAAUGGUGCUCACUGGCUUGGAAGCAGGCUCCCGAGAGGGAGCAGGCCGCCUUGGGUCUCUGGCUGUAACACAGGGCUCUGUCAGUGAGACGGUGAGAAAAGUCCCAGGCUAAUGGCAGAAAUUUGCACUUUGAACAUGUGUGUUUGUGUUGUGGAACCUGAGAUUCCUUAUUUAUUAAUGGAAAGUCUGAUUGUUUGUGGGGGGUGGGGUCUUCAUGGCUGUGUUUUGUGGGGCUGGGAGAAGGUAGAUUAUUGUGACCUGGGGUCCUUUCCACAAGAGGUUCUUAGAAGGCAAAGCAUAGGGUUGAAGAAGCACAGCCAGCCUCUAAAAUCAUAGCUCUCCAGUGGCCUUUAAAGAAAGCUGUUCCUCAGCAUGACAAAAUCACUACAAUAGCCUCGUGCUUUUUGGAAGCCUCCUUAGGGAAGGAUGGUAGGUUCAUGGUGACUUGUGUGCUCUGAGAUUUUAAGAGCAUUGAGAUUUAGGAGUUCUAAGGGGAUGAGGAAGGUUGUUCAGGGUCUGAAUUACAGAUAAAGAUUUUUCCUGUGAAGUUUUCCGUCCUCACCAUUUCCUUAUGUAUGCCUACCGUGGGUCCCCUUGUUUGUUUUUGUUUUGCUUUGUAUUGGUUCACUGUGACUCCCCGCUAGUGAAGAAACAGUGGCUAGAAGUCCUGAAGGCAGAAGAAAGCUGCUUGGUUUUGUUUCCCUUCUAGUAACACCUCAGCAAAGGGCUCAGGAGACAAAGUUAGUGAUCUGCAUAAUGAUAGCUUUGGCUGCCGCCAGCAAUCCUGGGAACUACCACUUCCUUGGCAAGAGGGAUUUUCCCCUGUGGCUUGCUUAUCUAAUUCAUGCGAGGCACAGGUAGUGUUCUGUACCAGUUCCUAACUCCCAGAAGACUGGCAGCCUGUUGGCUUCUCUUUAGAGAACUAGAAGGGCAGUGCCUAUCCUUUGUACCUCAGAAGCUAGAACUAAGCCUUACCCUGUUCAGUGUCCAUUGUCAGAAAUGUGUGCUGGCUGUUGGGAAGAAUGAAAUUGUACAGAGAAUAAAACAGAAAACAGCUUGUUUUUCACAAACACUAAAACUAGUAAAGUUUAUCCAUUUCUCUCGAUUUAUUUUUUUCUCAAAAAGACAAGAAAAUGUCAGAGGGAUGAUGGGGACAGUCUGAGCUGCGGCGUUGGCUCUUCUGAGUGCCGCGGCUCUGCCAUCUCUCCCUUGUGAGGGUAGGAAAGGGAACAAGGGCGGAAGGGGCAGACCGGCUCCUGUGGACGGUACGGGCUUGUGGAUGAAUGCUACGAAGUCGAUUUUAGCCUACAGAUUAAAAUGGGCUCGUCCCGCUUCCCUCGGGCAUCGAGGCCGCGCUCACCUCGCCCUCCUUACACUCAGACUUCGUCUCCGGGUUUCAUGGCAUCAGAUACUCUAGCCAGGUAUUGUAAAAGCAAACAGCAUUUAAAAAUAAUGAAAACUCCCCUUUCUGAGAUAGGUGAAAGUAUAUUCUCCCUCUCUCUACCCACACUCCCCUCUCUGUGGAAAGCAUGUACUUAUUUUUAAUAAUUAGAAACUUCCCGUCUUUUUUUCUUUUUUGCCUUUUUACAGCUGCCAUUUGCUGACAACUCAUUAUUUUAGAUGUUUGCAGUAGGUUUUUUCUAUGGACUUCAUAUUUUUCCUUUCAAGAAAGAAGUCCUAGCAUAGUCAAGAGUCAGUGUACGUAAAGUAAGCCCCUUUCCGUCCCGCUCCCCAUGCUCUCGUUGAUUUCAUUGUCCUGCCCAGGAGUCUUAAUGAAAGUCCGUUUCCUACUCUUAGUCAAAGUUUGUUACCUUUUUAAUAAUUCCCUUCACAUUCUCCAUCUCGCGUUGGAGAGUGUAAAUCCGCUAAUGCGGUUGAGAUACAACUGGUGAGCCUGUCUAGAAGUCCCCGCCCCUUGCUGGUGGUGGCCCGGGGUUAUGUUUCAGAGUUCAGGAGGACGCUGGCGGGAAUUCUGGGAGUGAAGAGAAGACAGAAUGGCUUCCACACAGCACAGAGCACUUGAGCCUCCAUCCCUGUCUGGAGGAAAAGCCUACAAAGAUACACUACGAACCCAAAUAAGGUCAUUGCGGCCUCACUGCUUACAGUACCAGUUUUUCCUCCUCCUGUCUUUUUCCAACUUUCCAGUAUACUCAAGAAAAUGGAAAAAUUGUAAUGGAUCAAUUUAAAAUAUUUUAUUUCCUAAAAGCCUUUUUUGCCUAUUGUAAUAUGCGGGACCCCUCUCCUUUGAUGGGAGAGCUGGGUAAUUACCUGAAUAUAGGUUGAAAAGGUUAUGUAAAAAGAAAUUAUAAUAAAAGGGAUACUUUGCUUUUCAAA